CACAUUUGAAGGAAAGUUCACCCUCAAGUGGUGCAUCACAGCUUUAAAUCGUCAAGACCGUCUAUGGGAGAGGAGGAGGCAGACGGCAAUGUAGGAGGUGUGAAAACCAGCUGGAUCGAUGGAUCUGACGCUGAUCGCCGCAGACGAACAAAGACAGUCACCGACUGUGAUGCCUGAGUCUCAAAUUAGUCAGGAUUCUGGCUAUUUUUCUCUUUUGGACCAAUCAGAACCCCCGCUACCCUACCUACCUGGGGGGCUUAUCUCGCAUGUUUCUGAGAUUUGCACUGAACCCAUUCACAUACCAGAUACAAGAAACCUAUUCAGGAUGGAGUCGCCAACUCUGGAGAGUUCCAGCGCCUCUGGCCUCAGUUCCAAGCGCCGUCAGACCGACUAUCAGAGGUCGUUGUCAGACAGCUCGGACACUGACUCAGCCACAGGCUUCAUGUCGGACUUGUACAUCUUUGAAAAUGAGACUCGGGACUUUGUCCUGAGUGCAGCUGCGCCGCAGAACAGACUAUUUGAUAAUAAUCAUGACGCCUCUCCCAUUGUGUGCUGUGAUUCAGCCAAGAGCGGGACACACAGUCCCACCACGUAUAAAGACUGGGUGACGGCAGAGUCUGAGUCAGGGCUAAAGCCACCUGCUGAGGUCACCCGGAUCACUCCGCGAACACCGAGGAGCGUCAGUCCUAUUGAGUUGUGGGUGGAUGCCUGCCAGUAUCUGGAUAAGACGGAUGUUUUACCGACUUGCGCUUCCAGCGACUUAUCUUUGGAAGAUAUUUGGGGGUCGGGUUACAGCAGUGACGGGAUUGGGUGGGGCAGAGAUGACAACAAGGGUUGGAGGCCGCCAGUGGAGAGGUGGUCCUCAGUGGAGAGCUGGGCCAGCGCACUCUCUGACUGGAACGUCAUCGGCACACCAAGGCAGGAGCUCACGACCGCUUUCUCAGAGAUAGGAGCCGAGAUAGACGCCUUGACUGAAGCGCUAGCCGACAUUAAGCCCAAUAACGAGACAGACGGAAGGAUGGGAGUCCAGGAUAAGCCAAUGGGAGAAACCAUCCAAGAGCAAUCCAUCCAGGAAUGCUUCACUUUCCAACCAGAAAUUAGAGAUGAUGUCCAAUCUCUUGAAAAGUCAACAACUGACAAUCAAUUUAAACCAAAGGAACCUGCCGUAAACAACUUUGCACACGAGAACCAAUCGCUGGUUCCACUUGGCUGUGGCUUGAACAGCCUCAUCCCUGCAUGGACUCCGAUUGAGGAAACGGACCUUCCUCAAUUCAUCCAGUUUUCAGGGACAGAAGACAAGAUCGUACUGAAGAUAGUAGAGGACGUAGAUGAGCCUGAACAACCUGCUGAGCUGAAAACUGAACAGUUGUCAGGAGAUGGGUGGUUUAAGGUGACAGAGGAUCACAGCGUCUCCCAGCCCGACCCUCCACCCAAUCAGUGCAAAGAUUCGAUCACCGAUUCAACAGAUAUUGACUGUAAUGGACUCGGAGCUUCUGAGGAAGACGCAAUGAACCCGCAUGUGCCAGUGUUUAAUGGUGGCGGGCAUGCGGCACCUGACACUCUGACAGACCCCGGUGGAGCAAGCCAGGGUGGGUGUCCCAACUUUAUUCUGCCCGUUGCUCCUCUUGAGGUCAGGUCUGCCCUGGAGUAUCGCAGGAGUAGUUUGGAAGGACAUCAAUUGAGGACUUUCAAUAAUGCCCAUGCUCGAACGUGGACUCUAUGGCCGCUGUGCCACGAGGCGGCGACAGACGAGGAGGUUCACGGACUCUAUAAAGAACUUUCCAACAUGACAGUUAUCCCGGAGAAGAACCACACCGUUCUCGAUGAGUCGUAUGUUUCCAACACAGCAAAAGUAAGCAACCAAGACGCUGCGGCUAAAUCAAAACCGAAUCAUGGGGCAUCAGGAAAGACGGCCCAUAAGAGCGAGGGCAAACACCGCUGCAAGAAGGACAAAUCCACCGUCCAUCAUCAGAGCACUACUGCUCCCAAGAAAGAGGAGAACUCAGCUCACCUCACAAUCGGCAGACCAAAAGAAACCCUUGGAAAUUCAAGUUGUCAGCUUGUUGAAGAGAAGACGUUGGUUGCCGACACUGCCAAGUCGCACAGCAAGAAGAAAAAGAAACACCACCACAAUGCGAGCGGGGCGAAGACUGCAGCAGAGCCUCCGGUCGAGACGGAGCUUCACGCAAAAGCGAAGAGUGCUAAAGGACGGAUUGAAAUGUUCGAGGCCAAGAUGAGCACCGAACACGGCAAAUCACACAAGGACGGAAGGGAUAAUAAGCACCUAGAAGUUUCGAAACCCUCCCGGGGAGAACACAUUCACCAAAACGCAGAACACAAAAAUAUCCGUGAACCGGCUAAUGAUGAUCUCUUUAAAAAGCGUCGCCUGUCCAAGGAUAAAUUUGCAAAGCUUUUGGACUCAAAGGCGAGUGUUUCUGUUCCGGUGAAGGUGGCUGAGAGACAGAAGAUGGAUGUCAAAGCGCCAAGCAAGAAAGCAUCCAGCGAGGUGGUCAAACACACCAUAAGUACACACAAGGAAGAGCCGAAGGUAACACAACCUAUCCAGCCGGCGUCCAUGAGCGCCGAACCACAAAGUCUGAGUCUGUGGUGUCAGUUUGGUGCCAUCUCGGGCGAGCACACCAUCACUUGGAAGCGAGAAGGUGCUGUCCUUGCGGAAGUCAAGCGAAGUGCAGGGGAUGCCAGUCGUGCAUCCUUGACCAUCCCCAACGCCUCCCACAAAGACCUGGGCAAGUACCAGUGCUGUCUUAGCAGUUCGCAAGGCUCCGCCACGCUCGACUACGUGCUCACUUAUGAAGUGCUCCGUGAGAUUGUAAUCCCUCCGCCGCCAAACAUCACACCCGUCGCCGUUGAUGUGGGCUCAGAGGUGGAGGACGUCCAGUGUUCCCAGCUGCUCUUCAAAGACCACUUCCUUUCUGAGCAGUACUUCAGCGAGAAUCAGUCCAUGAGCAUCGUCACAGAGAAAGCCCACUUUGGGGAGGGCAUGCACCGGCGGGCGUUUCGCACCAGGCUGCGCAGCGAUGGGGCGCCCCUCCUGCUGGCAGGACCCUCAUGCGUGCUGAAGGUGCACAACUCCAUCAGCUACGGGACCAAGAACAAUGACGAGCUGGUUCAAAGGAAUUACACUUUGGCUGUUGAAGAGUGUCACGUUCAGAACACGGCUCGAGAGUACAUCAAAGAGUACACCGACAUCGCCCAGUCCAUCGCCGCCUUCGGAGAAGUCCCGGAGAUCAUUCCCAUCUACCUGGUUCACCGGCCGUCCAGCGACAUCCCCUACGCCACGCUUGAGGAGGAGCUGAUAGGCGACUUUGUCAAGUAUUCAGUGAAGGAUGGAAAAGAGAUCAAUCUGUUGAGGCGGGACUCGGAAGCCGGACGCAAGUGUUGCACCUUCCAGCAUUGGGUUUACCAACGGACAGAUGGAAACCUGCUUGUUACUGACAUGCAAGGGGUCGGAAUGAAACUCACUGAUGUUGGAAUAGCCACCUGCAAGAAAGGCUACAAGGGCUUCAAGGGCAACUGCGCCACUUCGUUCAUCGAGCAGUUCAAAGUUCUGCACCAGUGCAACGCGUACUGCGAGAUCCUUGGCCUGACCUCCCUGCAACCCAAAGUGGCCAAAAAAACAGCUUGCACUCCCAGAAGCAAAGCACAGCCUUCAACAGGAUCCAAAAAGAAAAUAUUUGGGCCCACUUUGAAGGCCAAGUCUUAACACCAGGAAACACUUGGACUUGAUUUGUGGUCUUGAACUUGUCUUAUACACUGACUUUUCUUUUUUACUUUUGUGAUGUUUCCAAGCGUGUGUGUUCAUUAAAUUAAUGAACUGGUUAAUUAA